AUGAGUUUUUAUACUGUUGUUAUUACAUUUAUUGUUGUUGCAUUAGCAUCUGGUGCUUUUUGGGUAUUUGCACCAAAGCAAAAUCAAACUGUGUGGAGAAGUACAGUCAUUCUUGCACUUGCAAUGAUGUACCUAAUGUGGGCUAUUACAUAUUUAUGCCAAUUGCACCCGCUUGUGGUUCCUCGUCGUUCAGAUCUAAGACCUGAAUUCGCAGAAUAA